AUGUCAUUGGUCAUAGAAUUGAUUAACCACGACAUGAACAUGUGGUUUUCUGCAUUCCAUGUCCGGAAUUUUGGGUCAUCCUUGGUCAGCAUCACCGGUGCUAUAGUCAUCCUUGCCUCUGCCACAGAAAAACAUCAUAACAGAUUGGGACCACUGGAGGUAGUUCUGGCCGUUGAGUUUGUGGCCAGUGAUGAGGGAGGAAGUGUCAUCGAUUCCGCACUGCGCUAUAAAUUCGAGCUCACUCGGCUGCACUGUCGGUGGCUAAACGCAAAGAGAACACGGGGCAGUUUUCCGGCGAAGUUCCGGCGAGGAGAUGUUGAGGGGAUCGGGAUUCGACGGAGGAUCUGGAAGCGUCGGAGGGGAGCGAACGGCGGGGAUGGGGUGGGAGAUGAGGCCUGGAGGGAUGCUGGUUCAGAAGCGGCUCGUCAAGCAAGGAGAGGGAUCUCUUAUGGAGAAUCGAAGUUGGAGGUCACCGUUAGCUCCCGCGCUACUUUCAGGGAAUUGAAGAAGCAACUGGAGGCAGAGAUAGGCUUGCGGCAAGCAGAGCAGAAGAUAAGGUACAGGGGGAAAGAGAGGGAAAAUGGGGAGUUUUUGGACAUAUGUGGGGUGAAAGAUCGAUCGAAGUUGGUGGUGAUGGAGGAUCCUUUUAGCCGUGAGCGGCGGUAUAUCGAGAUGCGCCGGAAUGCUAAAAUCCAGAGUGCUUCUCUGGCCAUCGCCAACCUGUCGUUGGAGGUUGAUAAGCUUGCUGCCCAGGUUUCAGCAAUUGAGAAAUCUAUUUCAAGUAGAAAGAAGGUGCCUGAAUUGCAGAUCACCAUGCUAAUAGAGCUGCUUAUGAGACAAGCAGUAACGCUAGACGCCAUCAUUGCAGAAGGUGAAGUUCGUUUUCAGAAAAACUUACAGGCUAAGAGGGUACAGAAGUUUGUUGAAACUCUUGAUGAGCUCAAGUUAUCAAAUGGAAAACUAAAGCCUGUAAUAGUAACAACAAAUUGGGAGACAUUUGAUCCUCCAUCAACUACACGCUUAGGCUUUUUUUGAUUAAGAACUGUAUUCAGGAUUCCACCAUUUCUCAGUUUCUCCAUGAUUCAUAUCCAUAAAGCUUCAUGUGCUAUAGCCUUCAUUUAAUGGAUUGGCUUAAUAAGAGUUCAACCUUUCCUCUAGUUUUUGUUCAUAGAGUCAUUGUAUGUGGAUCAUUAAUGCAGAAACUUUGUUUGUUA